CACGGAGAAACCUGCACCUAACAUUUUUAGAGAUAAAACAAAAUGACGGCGGUGACAGAGGAUGAAAAAAAUGAAAUUAACUCACCUAAAACAAAUGCCUUUUCGUUUAAACUAACAGCAAAGGCGGGAAAGAAAGUUCACAAUGCUCAACCGAAAUCCUUUAUCAAUGAAAAUAAGAUAAAUAACGAUGAAAAAGAGUUUAUAGUUGCAGCAGAGGGAAAACAAUUAAAAAGUUCAGUGACGAAAAAGAAACCAACACAGCUUGUUAUUCCAUUGAUUCAGAAAAAUAACUGGCGUGUCUCAGAUGAUGCUGACCAAGAGGCUGCUGAAGAAAUAAUAAAAUCUUUGCGAGAUGAAGCUGAGAAUGAAUCAGCAUCUAAUUUGUCCAUUCCAAUUCUGAUGCGAAACAAGUUACCUGCCAAAAAAGACGUUGAUGUAGGAGAUGAAAUGCAUGAUAUAUCAUUGAGACCAGAACAGAGCUCAAUGGAUGAUUAUGAAAACAUCCCUAUAUCUGCAUUUGGAACAGCAAUGUUAAGAGGAAUGGGCUGGAGUGAAGGAAAACCAAUUGGUUUGAAUUCAAAAGGAUUAGUCGAACCAAUCGAGUAUAUUCCUCGUCAUAAAGGACUUGGUCUAGGUGCUGAAAAACGGAUGCAACCUCAAUCAAAACGAAAAAGAAAACUGGGCGAUGUAAAACCAGAUGAAAAUCGUUACACGCCUAUUGUUGAAAAAGAUGGUAGAGUGCGUCAUGUGAAAGGUGUGGGUGAAGAGGUAAAAAAAAGACCAGAAGGUUUUUUUCCAGAUGCAUUUGUUCAAAUUACAGGAGGGGUGCAUAGGGAUCUAUAUGGAAAGAUAAUUUCAGUUGAUGAAGAUAACGCAAGAUUGUCUGUUGAACUUUCUUUGAGUGGAGAGGUCGUCGAAAUUAGCCAGUACAAUUCGUAUUUAGUUGAUGAAGAUGCGUAUAAAGCCGCACACAAACAAGAAAGAAAAAACGACUCCUCAAAAUCAGGGCGUGUAGAAAAGAAACAGAAAGAACACAUCGAGUACGACACACGCUCAGACGAUGAAAAAUCAGAACCAAGUUGGAUUGUACCUGGCAUACGUGUGCGAAUAAUUAGUAAAAAAUAUAAACAAGGGAAAUGCUACAAUAAAAAGGUUCGUAUUCUCGAUGUGAUCAGCCAGAGUUUAUGCACUUGCCAAACUGAAGAGAAAAAACUUUUAGAAGAUGUACGUCAAAAAGAUUUAGAAACGGUGAUACCGAAAAGUAAAGGAGCUUACGUGAUGGUCAUAGGUGGCAAAUAUCAAGGACAGUUGGGUAAACUCAUGGAAAGAGACAAAAGCAAAUGCAAAGCAACGAUUCAACUGACGUCAAAUAAACACAUCACGAAAAUUAGCUAUGAUUACAUGUCGGAAUAUGUGGGGGAAUUGCCCGACGAUGAAUUUUUAUAGCAUUUAUUAUAUUUAGUUGUUAUAUAAUUUCAUCGAUUUUUUUUCUUACAUUUGAAUUAAAUGUAUAUUAUGUUUUUAUGGUAUUUAUUUUCAAGAAA